ACUCGGAAGUGUGUUCGCGCUCCACGUUGCACGUGGGUUCGCUGCGGCUGAGGAGCGUGUCCUGGUUGCUGUGGCGCCUCGCAGUGAUGAGUUGCCGGGCAGCUGAGGCGGUCGGUGAAGUGCCGGCAGCGGAGGGGGGCGGUUCGGAGGAUGAGCCUUGCUGGUCUGACAGCGGCAGUGAGAGCGCCUGGGAGGAAGACGACGAGGACCCCGAGUCGAGGGGACCCGCGGGGAGGGCCCGCUGCCUCUUCUGCGAUAGAUUUUUCAGUUCAGCUGAAGAUGCAUUUUGCCAUUGUACAUCAGACCAUGGAUUCAAUAUUGGCAUGUUGGCUCAUAAACAUAGACUUGAUUUCUAUGGCUAUAUCAAGCUAGUGAACUUUAUUAGACUAGAAAAACCAGCUGUAGAAUAUCUUUGCACUAUCAGUUCUCCCUUUCCUUGGGAAGAAGAGAAAUAUUUGAAGCCUGCACUGGAAGACGAUCUAUUACUCCAGUUUGAUAUUGAAGAUCUUCUGGAAUCCAGCAAUGCCUCGCAUCUUAAUGGGCUAACUGAAGCUUCACCCUGCCUUGAGCGCUUGAAGCAUGCAGAGCAGAGAGCAGAACUGGCAGAAGCUGCAUUGGCCAGAGUCCAGGACGAUCUUCAGAAAAUGAGACAAUUUGCUCAGCAUUUUGUGAUGAACAGUGAAGUCAGAAGUGGCACAGCCAGUGCCAUUGCAGACCUACGGGAGGAUGAGGAGGAUGUUUACUUCAGCUCAUAUGGGCACUAUGGGAUUCACGAAGAGAUGAUAAAGGAUAAAGUACGCACAGAAAGCUAUCGUGACUUCAUAUAUCAAAACUCCCACAUCUUUAAAGAUAAGAUUGUCCUGGAUGUUGGUUGUGGAACUGGAAUCCUCUCCAUGUUUGCUGCAAAAGCUGGUGCAAAACAGGUGAUAGCAGUGGACCAGUCUGAAAUUCUCUAUCAGGCAAUGGACAUCGUUAGACUAAAUGGAUUCAAAGAUACUAUUUCUUUGAUCAAAGGAAGAAUUGAAGAAGUUGAUCUGCCUGUUGAAAAAGUUGAUAUUAUCAUAUCUGAGUGGAUGGGCUAUUUCCUUCUCUUUGAGUCAAUGCUGGAUUCUGUCAUUUAUGCAAGAGACAUGUACCUGGCAGAAGGAGGCUCAGUGUAUCCUGAUAUCUGCACCAUUAACUUGGUGGCUGUAGGUGACCUCAGUAAACAUGCAGAUAGAUUUGCGUUCUGGGAUGAUGUGUAUGGAUUCCGCAUGUCCUGCAUGAAGAAAGCAGUAAUUCCAGAAGCUGUUGUGGAAGUGGUAGAUGCAAGCACACUUAUAUCUGAAGCUUGCCUCAUCAAGGUAUUGUAACAAGUUGUACAAAUUUCUAUAAAGGAUUGUACCAUUGUUAAUUCAGUUUGUAAACUGUUUUGAUAUGUCAAAUCAUAUACUGGAUGCUUUGUAUUUGAUAUAUAACAG